CCCCGGGCGCUGCACGGCGACGGGGCCGAAGCCAGCGCGCCGCUGGGCUCCCGCUGCAAGCGUUAAGCCGGAGAAGCGCGGGCAGCGAAACGGGGUUUCGAGGAGCUUUCGUUAACACUCACCGCCGGGCGACACUUUCCAGUCACUCCACAGCUGUUGUCCGUCCGGCGCCGUGGGUGGCCAUCCGGGGCUAAAAGCAGUCGGGAAACGCUUGGGAAGGAAAGUUGCUAAGCGCUACCCCAAAUCCUCAUCAGUGCAAACGUUCUUAACUACUCAGUAGGAAUGACGGAUCUGCAGUGCGCGUCGUCCCAUGAAUUGCGGGAGACCGUGUGCUCAGGUUCAUUUUCCGUUUCAUGUGUCCACCGUACACAGAAAUUUGAAACUGAUCUCUAUCAUAGCGACUAAAAUGUGUCAAGAAAGAAAAAAAGAUCCAGUAGAAAUGUUUCAUUCUGGACAGCUAGUAAAAGUCUGUGCCCCAAUGGUUCGAUAUUCAAAGUUGGCUUUUAGAACGCUAGUAAGAAAAUACUGCUGUGAUCUGUGUUAUACACCAAUGAUCGUGGCUGCUGAUUUUGUCAGAUCUAUAAAAGCCAGAGACAGUGAAUUUACCACAAACCAAGGCGAUUGUCCAUUGAUUGUUCAGUUUGCAGCUAAUGAUGCAAGAGUCUUAUCUGACGCCGCUCGGAUAGUCAGUCCUUACGCAAAUGGAAUAGACAUUAACUGUGGUUGCCCUCAGAGGUGGGCAAUGGCAGAAGGUUAUGGAGCUUGCUUAAUAAACAAGCCAGAGCUUGUUCAAGAUAUGGUGAAACAAGUAAGAAACCAAGUGGAAAAUCCUAGAUUUUCAGUUUCAAUUAAAAUAAGGAUCCAUGAUGACCUCACAAGAACCAUAGAUCUCUGUCGGAAGGCUGAAGCAACAGGAGUUUCCUGGAUUACAGUCCAUGGAAGAACUGUUGAAGAGAGACAUCACCCAGUCCACUAUGAUGCCAUGAAAAUAAUAAAGGAAAAUGUGUCUAUACCUGUAAUCGCCAACGGAGACAUCAGAAGUUUAAAAGAAGCACAGAAUGUGUGGAAGAUUACUGGGACAAAUGGUGUAAUGGUUGCAAGAGGGCUUUUGACAAACCCAGCCAUGUUUGCUGGAUAUGAAGAAACCCCACUGAAAUGCAUCUGGGACUGGGUUGACAUCGCCCUUGAACUUGGAACUCCUUAUAUCUGUUUCCACCAACAUUUAAUGUACAUGAUGGAAAAGAUAACAUCAAGACAGGAAAAAAGAGUAUUUAAUGCUCUGUCAAGCACAUCGGCAGUCUUAGAUUACCUUACAGACCAUUAUGGCCUUUGACUAGACUUUCGAAAGUAUCUUAACGUCAUAUUCUGUCCACAAUGAAAUCAGAGAAGUCACAUCUUGAUAUUUUUCCUUUAAAUCAGUGACUGUCCAACUUCAGAAGAGCAAUCUCUGGGUCCAGGCAUAAUAGCACUUGUCUAUAACCUGAGCAGUCAGAAACCUGGACGAAGAGAAUUGCAAGUUCUAGGCCAGCAUGGGCUACACACCAAGAUCAUGUCUCAAAAAAAAACACAUAAUUUCCCUGGGAGCUUUUUUUUUUCUCUCUCUCUCUAAGUCCGACCUAUACCUAUCCUCAGAGAUUCUGGUUCAGCAAAUCUUGGAUAGACCCAGAAAUUUAGUUUUAUCAAAUCCAGGUGGUUCAGACAUUCAGUUUUCCUGAAUUCAAAUAGUGAACAAUGUUUUCUGAAUUUAUAUAGAUUUGGGGGAGAGAAGUAUGAAAGUUUCCUAAAAAGAAUAUUGUUUUUAAAUUUUUUAAAUAAAGCUUUUUUAAUAUGAA